AAUAUAUAACACCCUACUCCAAAUAGAACCACAUUAAAUCUAUUAUAUUUAUGGGAAUAUCAACUUAUUAGGCAGAUGGGAAAUUGUGGUUCUUGUAAAUCGAGGUCUAAGGUCACGGCUAAGUUAAUCCAUGUAAAUGGUGAACUUGAAGAAUUCUUUUCUCCUAUCAAAAUCUUUAACUUGCUGCAAUUAGAAACCCCCACUACUUUCAUAUGUAAUUCAGAUGAAAUGGAUUUUGAUGGAUUCGCUUCUCCGCUCGGUGAUGACGAUGAGCUGCUGCCUGGUCAGCUUUACUUCGAGCUGCCGCUGAAUUGGUUGACUCAUCGCCUUCAGGUGGAGGACAUGGCUACUUUGGCCGUAAAAGCCAUUGCUGCAAUAAAAACAAGUGAUAAAAAGAGCUGUGGUAGUUGUUGUUGGAUGAAAAGGGUUGAUCCCUUGAUGUAUUUUGAAGGAUCAGAAGAUCAUGUCAAGUACUACACAAGACUACAGGAUCUUGUCCCAAUCGAUGGUUCAGGCUUGAAACGAAAAAAAAUUACUGCUAAAUUAAGUGUGAUUCUUGAAGAGUGAAGAAUUAAUGUUACUGAGUUUUGAUUAUAAUUAAUAAAGUUAGGAGUACUAUCUAUUAAUGAACGAGUUUUUUUUUUUCAUGUUGAAAUUACUUUACGAGAAAUCA